CCGGUAACCAGUUGACACGGACACGGCUUUUUGUUUCGAAAGAAUCGAAAGAGAAGAGAAGGGAGAUAGAGAGAGAGACAGAGUAGAGGAGAGGACUGACUCUCGUCUCGUCUCUUCGCUGCAACCAAUAGCUGUUCUCUCUGCUCUUCAACGGAUUCCUCUUUGGCCAGAAAAAAAGGGUCUUGAGGAUUCCAAAGGAGAAUGCAACUUGCGUAGGUAGACGUAUAGCAACUAAGAGAAGACUCGCCUGCCUUGAUUUAUCUGAGGAGAAGUAUAAAGUUUUGAUCUUUGGAGAUGGGUAUGGACCUAGCUGCUGAUAAGGAGAACAACACAACCUCCUUACCUUCUUCAUUUGAAUCCUGCAACUGCUACAAAGUUGCAAACCUCACAGAAACAAUCCUAAACCCUGUAAACGUUUCUAAUCUAAGAGACCGGUACGUGCUUGGGGAACAGCUAGGCUGGGGACAGUUCGGUGUGAUCAGAGUCUGUUCCGACAAGUCGACAGGAGAGAGGCUCGCUUGCAAGUCCAUCUCCAAAGACAGGCUCGUGACGCGAGACGACAUGAAGAGCAUCAAGCUCGAGAUUGCCAUCAUGACUAAGUUAUCCGGACACCCUAACGUCGUGGAUCUCAAGGCGGUUUACGAGGAGGAGGACUCUGUGCAUCUCGUGAUGGAGCUUUGCGCGGGAGGCGAGCUUUUUCAUAAGCUGGAGAAGUAUGGGAGGUACUCUGAGGUUCGCGCCAGGGUGCUGUUUAAGCAUUUGAUGCAGGUGGUUAAGUUUUGUCAUGAUAAUGGUAUUGUCCACCGGGACUUGAAGCCUGAGAACGUUCUCAUGGCCACGGUGUCUUCUUCCUCUCCCAUCAAACUAGCUGACUUUGGUCUGGCAACUUACAUCAAGCCCGGGGAGAAGCUAAGCGGGACGGUUGGUAGUCCGUUUUAUAUAGCACCGGAGGUGUUGUCAGGGGGGUAUAACGAAGCUGCAGAUGUAUGGAGUGCAGGGGUUAUUUUGUACAUACUUCUCAGUGGAGUGCCUCCCUUUUGGGGAAAGACUAAGUCAAAGAUUUUUGAUGCUGUCAGGGCUGCAGAUUUGAGGUUUUCUGGUGAGCCAUGGGACAGUAUAACUUCACACGCCAAGGAUCUGAUCCGUGGGAUGCUCUGUGUUGAUCCUUCACAGAGGUUAUCAGCUGAUGAUGUUCUAGCUCACUCUUGGAUGGAGCAGGUAACAGUAUCAGGAGAAGGACAAUAUGAUCAAGAUGGGUUUGGAUGUGAAGGAUUGGAGAACGGUGGAUGUUCUUUCUCCACAGGAUAUGUUUCUAGGGAGCAGGACUAUAGCUUCAGCAUGGGGCAGUUAGAGCCGUUGGCUGAUAACGAUUGUAGAUCAUCAUUCUCCUCUUUCUUACCUGCGGAUAACAACAACAACAACAACAACAUACAGUCAGCUUCUGGUUUUGGUGGGUUUUCUUUUGAUGGGAAACAACCUGAAUCAACCUCCGUUGGCUUCUCAUCAACUGGAGUUCCAUCUAUGCCAAGCUUUAGCUUCUUUAGUCCAAGCCAAGCGACGACAGAGAACAACAACAUUGAUGAAACAGAUGGGAAACUUCGAGACUCAAGCCCAAAGAGGUUACAUCCUUCACAGGAUGCUUCUUUACAACUUGAGAGGCGAGAGGAAGAUGGUGAGAAUCAGACAGGAGCAGUAGUAGGAAAGUCAGAGACGAGAAGGGAAAGAGGAAACUGGUCAAGAAUGUCAGGUCUGCACAGCAAAAGAAACCGGACGAUAGGACUUGGUGAGCUAGACCAGUUGGUGGUGGAUGUUGCAGUCACUGAGUCGAUCAUCCGAUGGGCGUCUUGCACGCAUAUUCCCACCGCUCCAUCUCUCAGAUUGUCUCUCGUCUGCUAGAACCAAUGAAGAGGACUCUUAUGAGUAUAAAUUAUUGUAUGUAAAAACAACAUCUGAUUUUGGUCUUGUAUUGGUCUUUGUUUUCUGUAGUAACAUCUGUCCAUGGAAAAACUGACCACAGCUGUAAAAACAAACAACCGGAGGUGUCUCAGCAAUAGAGUGUGGUUUUGAAUUU